AUGGCGGAUGUUGAGUAUGAUGAAAAUGAUGAAGAGAGGAGCAGUGCUAGUCGAGUUGGUGCUGGUAGUGGAUAUAAUGGAGACGAAGAGGAGGAGGAGGCAACCAGUUCACUGACAAUGAGUGAAGUGCACACUUGUGGUCGUGUUUUACUUCGUACUAAUCCAAGAAACUCAAUAGCAAUAUUCACCGCUCCUUAUGAUGACCAUGAUGAUGAUCAUAGCAACAGCGACAAGGAGACUGCCACUAGUACUGACCUGUAUGAGGUCCAGUGGUCUGGCAUUGUACUAACAACUGAUUCUGUACGGAAACUCGUUAGUCAAAGCCACGCCUUCUUUAUGGAGCUACAGGAGUAUGCAGGGAAAGGGAUGGACCCUGAUGUGUGUGUUAAAUACAGUCGACUCUACAGGGUAGCUUUGUAUGAGUGCACUCAAGGACUGAAUUAUGAGUGUGAGAAUGUUGAUUUAGAAGAGAAUGAGUUACAAGACAUAAAAGGUCAGCUUGAGAUGUAUUCAUUGCUGAAUGUUCUGUGGCACUUGUGUGAGAUACUGUUCAUUGAGACAUUGCCUGUUGGCUGCCUUAUACAGCAACUGCUGGAAUGGGUACGUUGGCAUGAUAGAGGAGACACUGAUGAUGUAAUGAAUGAUGUAAUGAGUGGAGUCCGUCCUGACACUCAUCAAGACUACUGGAGCAUCGUAUACAGACUAACACUACAAGGAAGGAUUGAUGAUGUACGGAAAUUACUAACUUAUUCUUCAUAUUGUAAGGAAAAUAAAAAAGUUUUUGAUAGCAUUGAUGAAUUAUUACGUAAAGUCCCAAUGAUAAAGUCAGUGAUAGGUCACUCCAGGACUGAGCUGAUGGGUCUUUGGUUUGUAUGGAAUCAGGAGUGCAAGAGGAGGAGAGACAGACAGGACUUUGUUGGCUGUCCACAAUUGAAUCUACUGUGUGGAUUAUUGUGUGGUGAUAAAAGCUGCUUCAGUCGACCAGAAGUCAUUGAUUGUUGCAAGAUGUGGUAUGAUAUGUUAGUUGGUAGACUCCUCUACACUUCUCCACUCAUUCUCAGCACUGAUUAUGACCUACACGUCAUUGCUAAGGAUUGUCUUAAACUCUAUUGCGAUCACAAAGGAACAGCUCCAUAUUAUUUUGACACCUUUAUAUUGUCAGCUCUUGAGAAUAAAGUGAUUGAUGUAAUAAAAAUGGUUAGUUCUAAAUUGAGUAAUUGGUGGUUUGUCAGUCACAUGACUAACUUGUUGCAUCAUCGGGGAUCACUAGUGACAUCACAAUUAGAGUACGGCAGUCAAUUGAGCGAAUUCCUAUUAAUAGAAUAUGCAACGGCACUCUUUGUACAUCCAAGUUUGUGGGAAGUUGCUAUUAGUUAUUUAAGCUAUUGUCCAACACAAGGAAGACAUUUUAUGUGUUCGCUGGUUGAGAGAGUUCCACUGACCACCUCAACUAAAGCUCUUAAACUGAUAAGACUCUGUCAACGCUAUGAAAUGACAGAAGAAGCCCAGAGUAUCUGCCGUGUACUAGCGAGAAGGUGCUAUGGUGAUGGUAGGAUGGGAUCAGCUCUCACCUGGUGCAUCAAAGGACAGGAUGCUACCUUUGCUGCCUUCCUAGCUGAGAAGUAUUUUGAUUUCUAUGAGAGUAUCGGUGAAUUUGGUGACCUCAGUAUUCUUGAUUAUCUUGGUGAUGCUGUCCUCCUCAGCAACAGGCUUGCCUUCUUAAGUAAGUAUAGAGAUUUUCACAAACAAUACAGUUUUGGUAAUUACGAGGCAGCUGGACAGUUACUAGUCAGCCUUCUAACAUCAGGAAUCACUCUUAAAAAAUAUUGGUUGACUCUAUUGACUGAUUCUAUUCCAUUACUCCAAAUACCUGACAAGUGUGUAUUCAGUUCAGCUGAUACAUAUGAAUUACUUCACAUACUACAAGAGAUUGACAACACCUCUUCAUACUCUGAUCAAAAAGACAUGAUAACGUCACAAGAUGAGUUCAGUAUCAACAAGAUAUCAUUACUAAGAUUAGCACUAGUGAGGAAUCUACAAUCAUCCCUUGUCCUCAGAGAAAGAAAGCAUUAACAUCAAAGACAGCACACACACACCACAGACCCUACACCUAUGCACACACAAAAUCAUGCAUUACUUUUGUAACCUUCCACAAAAGAAUUUGAUAUUCAGUCU